AUGGAAGCAAAACAAGGUAGUGCUAAUUUGGUGGUCGUGAGCAAAGUGUAUUGUUCGAUUUCCGAUGAAAUUCUUGUUGUAAGGAGGCGGCCAAACGUGACCAAUGGCGGUGGCUUUGUGGUGGCGGAUGGUGGCCAGACGGUCGUUUUCAGUGUCGAUGGAUGUGGAAUUAUUGGCCGGAAAAACGAGCUUUUUGUCAGGGAUGGCAAUGGAAAUCCAUUGCUUCUCAUUAGGCGAAAGAUUGGUGUUGAGAAAGAGGUGCAACAAGUGAUGACAAGCAGGGAUUUGUACUAUGUCCAAAUAAAAGCUGGAAUAGAUCAAGCUUUUAUUUUUGGAGUGAUUGCUGUUCUUGACUACAUAUAUGAUGGAUCCACAAGAUGCUGA